UUAUUUCUUGGGCUUGUUAACGGUACCAAUUAUGAAUACGCAGUAGCUGAAGACCUGAACAGCCUGUCGGAGCAGCGUCACUGGCCAGCACAUAUCAGUGCCGUUACUUCUGUCUUCUAUUCAACAGAAGCGGAAAUGAUUUUUAGUUGCAGCAAAGACAAGACAGCUGUUUGGCACUGCUCCGAAACAUCCGUAAAAAUUGAAUCCAUAACAUCAUUAGCUUGGGAUAUGGAUCGUCAGUUACUGUAUUCAGCAGCGACCGAUCAUCUGGUAAUUAUGUGGGAUAUUGGCGGAAAGAAAGGACAGGCUUUUGAACUUAACCUGACACCGCUAGCAAUAGUAUCGGAAUUACGUCAAGGUGUCACAUGUAUGCAUUUGCAAGAGUCCACUGGUCGCCUGGUUACGGCCGGUGUCGAUCGCGUCCUGAUGAUUUGGGAUGUCAAACAACUGGUGUAA